UCGAAUCAGAGGAAUUGAAACGCUUGUAAACAAAGAACGUUGGAGAACUUUUACUACAACAGAUCCGUUCGAAAUUGAUAAAGUUUCGCAAAUAAUGGAAAAUGGCGAUGAAGAAUGUUAUUGCAACGCCUGAAUAUAGGCAAGAUACAUUGUUAGAGGAAUGGUGGAACAGCUGUGAAAAAGGAAACUUACUACCAGCGCUAAAGAAGCACUGGAGGAUAUUUGUUCUUAGUGUCUUUGGUAAUAAUCAUGACCCAGGAAAAGAGGAACGUUUGGCACACAAGUUCUUGUUUCGACCGAUGGAAUAUUUCCUGUGUCGACAAGAUCCAGAGGUUGUUUUUGAAGAACUCAAAGCAAAAAACAUGCCUUCACAGCUGUGUGGUAAAGUCUUCAAAACUGGAGAACCCACCUACUCUUGCAGGGAUUGUGCCAAUGACCCAACAUGUGUUCUGUGCAUAGACUGUUUUCAAAAUGGUGCACACAAGAACCAUAGAUACAAGAUGAAUACCUCUGGGGGUGGUGGGUACUGUGACUGUGGGGACCAAGAAGCCUGGACCUCACACCCCUUCUGUAACCUACAUUCUCCAAACGAGGUCAAUCAGGAUGAAAAGAACCCCAUAGAGACACUGCCAGUAGACUUGACUGAUCGGGCCAGUGCCCUCUUCAUGGCUGCUCUGCAGUACAUUGUAGAGAUUCUGACCUGGAACCAGUGUGAUAAUCUUCCGUCCGACCUCCAGGUGGAGGGCGAGCUGAACGAUACAUACAUCACCAUGCUGUUCAAUGAUGAAGUCCAUACCUUUGAUCAGGUGAUCAAGACCCUACAGCGGGCUGUCAAACACUGCACAGCCCAGCAGGCCAGGGAGUUUGCCACACUCGUGGACAGAGAGGGCCGUGCCACUGUGUACAGGGGUUGCUUCACUUCCUGUGAACAAUGUAGAACUAUCAUAGAUCAGAGUACCUCCAGACACGGUAGCAAACCUCUGAAGGUUCAGGUCAUGCAUACAGUAGUGGUGGCUCACCAAACAUUCUGCCUUAGGUUGAUGGUGUGGCUCCAGAAAAUGAUUGAGAAAUCAGAUGGAUUACGUAGGCUGUUCUGCCUCCUGAGUAUGAAGCCACAAGAAGAUGGGAAAUCCUUGAUGGAGAAACUGCUACUCCAUGACACUCAACUGUGGAAAGUGGCAAGGAUUCUGAGUCAUCAACUGUUAAUGGCUGGAGUUCUGAUGGAUCAGGAGUGCAAGAAGCAGUUUGCUGUCAUAUUUACUAAGUGGUAUCCGAAUGUGAUGCGUGACUUUGCUCGUGACGACCACGAUCACGAAGUGUGUGUUGCCUCUCUCUCAGUACAAAUUUACACGGUUCCUAGUCUGGCUCGGAUGCUGGUUACUGAUCAUGAUUUGUUGGACGUCAUUUUGGUUCCAUUCCUGGCAGCUUGCGAGGAGAAGAAAAAUGCUAAUGGUGUGUUGUCCUUGAGUAAAGCAGACCGGACUCCUUCAUUCAAACGGGCCUGUUUCAUGCUCUAUGAUCUCAAAUAUGCCUUACUGUGUAAGCCAACAUCUGACGAGUGGUCGGAUAAGUUGAGGGAGAGCUUUCUUAGAGGUCACCAGUCCUUCCUCAAACUUCUGAAAAUGAUGCAGGGAAUGGAUGAAGUCAAGAGGCAGACUGGAAUGCAUCUGGAGUAUGAGCCGGAGUGGGAGGGAGCCUUUAACCUCCAGAUGAGGGUGGAUGAUGUCAUCUCUUCCUUUACUGAAUGGUGCAGCACUGAUAGAACUGUGUAUAUAGAGGCCUACAGACAGGCAGCCCAAAUGUUGUCCCAGUGUAGAGACACCACGCAGAAAUCAGAACAGCACACAGUGUGUGGACACACAGUCAAAUGUUUGAAAUAUGAUGUACAAAGUCAACCUGUCUCUAUUCAUCUACCACUUAGUCGUUAUCUAGCAGGACUCCAUGUUUAUAUGGGAGAUUAUAACUUGCAGUUUGGAUGCUCAGAAUUAAAUGUUCAGGGCUUGGACCCGGUGAAGAUGAUAGAGCCGCCCCUCAGAGUACAGGUGUUGAUCGCUCAGAGCCAGGCCGGACUCUGGAGGAGGAACGGAUACGCUCUGUUGAACCAGAUUUACUUUUAUCACAAUGUAAAGUGCAGACAGGAGAUGUAUGAUAAGGAUAUUCUUAUGCUUCAGAUCGGGGCCUCAGCUGUUGACAGCAAUGAAUUCCUGAUACACCUUUUGAACAGAUACGGACUGCUUUUGUGGAUCAGGCCAGAAUAUGAUGUACCCACAGGACAGGACGACAAUGUUCGCCAAACUAUCAUGUUGGCUGAGGAGUUUUUAAACCUUUUGCUCAUCAUCUUAGGGGAAAGAUAUGUUCCAGGGCUGGGGCAGGUCACCCAUGAAGACACCCUUAAAAGGGAGGUCAUCCAUCUCCUGUGUAUCUCCCCAAUGUCCAACAGUGAGCUCUCCAAAAACUUGCCAGACAGUACCAACUUGAAGGCAGACAUAGAGGAUGCCAUUCAUGCAGUUGCUAACUUCAGAAAGCCAACCUCAGUAGGUACUGCUGGGUCAGGGAAGUUUGAACUGAAGAAUGAGUGUUAUAAGGAGUUCAACCCUUAUUUCUACCAUUAUUGUCGAACUGACCAAUCACAGGCAGAAGAGACACAAAUCAAGAGAAAAAAAGAGGAAAAAUCUGCAAACCAUACUCUACCUCCCCCUGUUCCCCCCAAGUUCACCCCCCAGUUUGCUCAGAUCUCCAACCUUCUGCAGAGUGAUGUGUUAGUCCACAUUCUGAGCCUUAUUCUACAGAGAAGUGUAGCAGUCAGGUCCAGAUCCUGGUCAGAGACUCAGCUAGAUAGGGUGUUGCAUUUGAUUGGUUUGGCUCUCCAUGAACAAAGAAGAAACAUUCACGAGGGAAAUCACAACUUUGACUUCAUUGGCAAAGCUCUGAAAGGAGAACCAAACUUUACGCAACUACUGGAAUCCUUGGUGACUGAUCCUAAGAAUAUUUCCCAUGAUUCCACAAAGGACUUGCUGUCUUGGAUUCUUCAGAAGUUUAUAGAGGUGAGGCAGAUGACAAGUUCUGCAGAGGCCAAUGGUCCUGUAGAACAACUUGCCUCCUCUAGCAAAGAGGAAAAUGAGGCAGCAAAGAAGAGGAAGGCCAGACUGGCCGCAAAGAGGAAAGAGAAGAUCAUCGCCAAAAUCUCUCAGAUGCAACAAAACUUCAUCCGAGACAAUGCUGAUCUGUUCGAGUCCACUGAUGCAGAUUCCUCACUUACACGGGGAACGUCAGAAAUGGACAUCAGUGAAAGUGCCCACCAUGAGACCCCUGUAGCUCUGGGGAAAUAUCAAAGUCUUCCCUGCAGUAUCGGCAUUACCAAGGCAACCUGCAUUCUGUGUCAGGAGGAACAGGAGAUUUCUCACAAUUCCAGAGCCAUGGUGCUGGCUGGAUUUGUUCAAAGAUCUACGGUGAUGUCACAGUGUAAAAGUAGAAACCCUACCGAUGGAGAAAACUUGGAUCCUCUGUUCACGAGUUCUGAUCUCCAUGUUGGAAGUUUUACUAAUUCCUGUGGCCACACCAUGCAUGCUGACUGCUGGCAGAGCUUCUUUCAAGCCAUUCUAGUCAAGGAGAGGCGGCGUUUGUCUCGUAUCCCUCACUCCCUGAGUUAUAACAUUGUUCAGCUGGAGUACCUGUGUCCCCUCUGUGAGAGUCUAAGCAAUACUGUGAUACCCCUAGUUCCUGCUUUACACAGUCUGGUUACUGACAGUGAUCUAUGUGAUGUGAACUUGAGUUUUGGAGACUGGUUAGACGGAUUGCAAAAAACUGUAAAAAAUGCUACAAAGCAGGAAAGCAGUAGUGCCAGUAAAGGUGACCCCUUUCCGUUUUUGCCCUCCUCACUCAGCAGUAUCACAAAGAUGAUGGCUGACAGCGUGGCCAGCAACUUUCAGUUACUAUGGCAAUAUGUCAACAACACAAAAGGUGGUCGGUUCAGUGAAAGUUUGAUGGAAAUGAUGAAGAAGUUUGCCAAAGAUGUGUACUCAUUUGGACUGGGGGUGGACCCUGAUGACAUGAACCACAGGGUCUCGAUUGUGGCCUGGAACACCUGUGCUUAUACGAUCAUCAACCUGGAGCAAUACCUGCGUUAUGAGAACAAGCCUUUAUUUGGGGCCUCCCCCUCCAGAAAUGUGGACUGUAUCAAUGCCCUAGUCAAGUUCGCUGCUGUCUGUAGUCACAUCAUGCCUCAGGAAGUCAUCAAGAAGCACUGCCUAAGACUCCUCUCAGGUUUACUGAGCAAUGGUCUUGGUGAGGGAGACGACCCCCAGUGUAUCAUUGACGUUGAUAUGUUCCACUACCUGGUGGCGGUCACUAUGGCCCUCCCUAGUCUGUACACCGAGGGAACCACCGCCAGCAACCUGCCCCUCAACAGCCUCAACAACCAGUACAUACUGGAGCUGGUGCUGACCGCCCACAUUGUGCAGGUCAUGCUGCUGCACGACCGGUCACAGGACGGAGAAGAAGGUGGUAUGGAGAUGGAGAAUGAUGCAGACUCUGUAGCCCUGAUGUCUAUGUACACAGAAAUUAGGAGAAAAGCAGGGUGUCUACCUCCAAGCAAUAAUGACCCAUUGCCUUGGCAACUGACAAGGCAUAUUAAGAGGGCAGUACUCCCCUUCCUACGCUGUGCAACAGUGUUAUACCACAACCUAACAGGAGUCCCCAUCCCCGCCCAACUCCAGGAAUGGACAGAGGAAGUUGAGCCUUUCUGUUCCUAUCUCUCUCUGCCCACGAGCUUUUCUGAACUCUUCCUGAAUCAAGGAGAACUUCUUGAAAGAGUUGUCAAUCAGUGGUGCAGCAGUGAUGUCCUGAGGUCCCGCCUGUACUCCGCCUCGUCGCGCUCCGUCGUCUCCUACCCCCUGCCUGUCAAUCAUCUCAUUGACCUGCCGGACGACUACAGCCAACUGAUCAAUCAAAUCUCGUCCUUCACCUGUCCCAGCUCUAAGGGCAAUGAUAGCCAGCUACCCACCAUGUGUCUGGUAUGUGGGCUGGUGGUCUGCUCCCAGAGCUACUGCUGUCAGACAGAGAUCAAAGACAUGAAGGUGGGGGCUGCCACAGAGCACACCUACAGGUGCGGCGCAGGUGUGGGAAUCCUGCUCAGGGUUAGGGAGUGCCAGAUUGUUCUAUUGGCUGGGACUAAGGGCUGUUUCAUCCCGGCCCCAUAUGUUGACAGCUAUGGGGAAACAGACCAGGGAUUAAGACGUGGAAACCCUCUCCAUUUGUGCAAGGAUAGCUACAAGAAUCUACAGAAAAUGUGGUUUACACACUGCAUUCCUGAGACGGUGGCUCACAACAUAGAAUCUCACAUGAACUUUAUGAGCAUCCACUGGCAGCAUCUCUGAUGAUGUCUGCUUUGGUAGACCAAGGCCUUGCAGAUUCCCUUAAUGUUAUGACAACUGAGAGCCAGUGCGUUGACAGUUUAUAACAAUGUACAUAAUGCAUGGAAACUCUAGUAAGGCCUUUAUUGGGGGAAAUGUAAAGGUUUAUCCCCUAAGUAAACCAUGUCAACUUCUUUUGAUUUGACAUAAUUCAUUUAAUAAUUAAUUUUUCAGUUUUUUGUUGGUGUUUAUUAUGUUGUUGAUUAAUUACUAGUAUAUUUUUUGUUAUGAAUGGAAUUAUUUGGAGCAUGUAAGCAGAUUUCUUUCCUGCAAAGGUGUAUGCUUAAUCAACUUGCAUUAACUCUUCAGAUUUUUGAAUAUCAAAACUUAUUUUGUAAAUAUAACCUCAAAGAAAUAAAAAGUCUUGUAUCUGAAAUUUUUUUUUUUUAAAAAUCAUAUUGGUUUCAUUUUAAUAAUUAAAUUAUUGUAUCUUUUGAAGACUUUAAUCGCAAAUUUUAAAAAAACUGUCUUUUUGAGCUGUGAAUGCAGAUUAUAAGAAAUAACGUAUGACAAUGAUGUGAAUGAAUUAAUAUUAAGCAAACUCCUUAACUACGGGUUGACUGCCAGUUCAGUGAUACAUAUCAUAUAAAUGCUCAGGAUGGACUCUUGAGUAUGAAGCUGAGUCAAAUAGUUCUGGUCAUGAUGAGAAGAUAGUGCUAGAAUAUUAGUGGUUUUUGUAUUGUUACAAAGGAUAUUGGGAGCCCAUUCAAUGAAAGUUUAAUUAUAAUAUUAAUACAAAGUGCUAUGAACUGAGAGUGCAAUGCCUGAACAAAUUUACAGUUGAUGCAGGAAAUGGGUUGAUUUUUUUUCUUCUCCAAAAUCUGUUUGUAUCAUAUCCUAAAAUUUGUUCACUUUUUGACAACACCGUAGAUUUGGUUGCCGGAUUGUUAUAUUUUAGUUCUGUAAUGCUUUGUUAAUUUAAAAGUUGUUGUUAAGGAUGCAAUUUGCAUUGAUUAUUUUGUAGGCAUUUGAUUCAUCCAUUAUUUUACUUGAAAUUAUAGAACAUUAUUGUUUUUACAUGAUGUGAUCUAAACCAUUUUUUUGGAAGAUUAUUAUUUGUAAAAUACAACUGUAUGAGUUUUGUAAUUUGAUUUUUCUAAAAUAUGAAGAAAUUCUGUGUGGCAUAUGAAGAAUUUACCAUAGUGGCAUAUGUAAAGUAAAGAAUUAUUUUACAUUUUUAAAAAAAAAUAAUGCGCCUCAUUUGAGAUGUGCAUACAUGUCAGAUGUAUUGUUGCUGGUUUGAGGGAUAGUUAAGAUGCUUAUUCCAUAUUUCUAUGUUAUUCACUGUAUUACAGUACAAUGUCUUUUACUUGUGAAUGCAAUUAUUGUUCGUUAACUUUUUAAUUAUGAUGUAUAUAUUGAGGAAAACCUAUAAGAAGUCUUUCAGUAGGUAAACAUUUGCAUGCCCUGACUUGUAGAGAAAUAUAGGUUUAAUAUAUUGAUAUUUUGUUGCUAAAAAUGGCACACCAGUUGUAACAGCUAAUACAUAUUGCUGUAUUUGGUAUGACAUAUUUUUUCGCUUUUUUAAAAUAUGUACAAUAUGAAUUACAUGUAUCUUCACAAAAUUGUUAUUUUUCAGUCUUUUAGAUGUUUAUUCAAUGUAUAUUACCCAACAUGGUAUUAAUUCAAAUAUAAUGACUUCUUUCAUUGCUUAGUUAAAAAACUCACUUCCUUUUAAACUGAAUGGAAUUUUAAGAAAGACACAAUGUCUAAUAAAGAUGUGAAUGUU